ACUCGCUUUGGUGUCAUAUGGUCCAAAACAAUAUUUUUUGGUAAUAUUUACUAUUUCCAUUAAUAAUUCGUGAAUAAUUAACAAGGCAAGAUUAAGAAUGAUUUUAUGGUAAUACUAAUAUCACUUUGCUAAUUCCAUUUUUUUUUUGACUAAUUUAUGCAAACACUAUCAAGAAACGAAACCAAAUUAAUUAAGAGACAAAAUAGGAUUAAAAAGUGGACAAAAUAUUACCACCGCCAGAGAAGGAAAGGAAACCAAAUUGAAAACAAAAAGAAUAAAAAGAGAAAAGGAAAGGAAAGUCGGACUUUCCGCCCAAAUCGGAGGGACUAGUGGAACAGUUCCAUUUUCGUCGCUUUUCCCUCCCCUCUGUCCUGUUGAAACGUUCGGAAACGGGAGAAACCUUCUCGGGAAUGUAAUUUUCCGCUCAGUCUUUCCCUUCCCUUCCUUUUCUCUCCUAAAUGAACAUAGUGUAAAAGCUGGGGUAAAAACGAAGCAGAGUGUGCUAUCUCUGUCUCCUGUUCCAAAUCUCCAGUUCUAGCCUUCCGAAUCCAUUCCCUAAAACAAUACAAACUCAAUAAACAUUAGAGGUGGCAAAUGGAUUGGAUUGGUGGAUCCAUAGAUCAAAUAGAUUGGAUCUAAUGGAUUGGAUCAAGUGGAUUGGUGGAUUAUCCAUGAAUCCAAAUGACAUCCUCAACCAAGGACCAAUUUGUAAAAUGUAAAAAGUUGAGGUACUAAAAUGUCAUAAUGAAAAAUUUUAGGUACCAAAACGUAAUUUUACAAUGAUAUUUUUCGUAUAAAAAUUUUAAUUUUAGGUACCAAAAUGUAAAAAAUAAAAAUUAUAGGUACUAAACCGUAAUUUGCCAAUGAUCCAUAGAUCCAAUCCAUGAAUCCACCAAUCCAAUUGGAUUUGGAUAAAAUGGAUUGGAUUUAAAUGGAUUGGAUUAAGUGGAUAUUUUUAAUGGAUUGAUGGAUUGGAUUGGUGGAUUGGAUUGAAAUUGCCACCUCUAAUAAACAUAAAGUAACGAUAGUUCGGGCAGUGUCCCGUCACACCGGUAUUUUUGGAAGUGAAAAAAAAAUUCCAACAUAUGUAGAAUUUAAGGAUUGAACCAAUAAUCUUUGGGUUGAUUAAAGUGUUUUUAUCAGUACACUACAAGCUGAUUCUUGCUUAAAAGAGGACACGGGUAUUUUUGAAUGAAUUGUUUAGAUAUUAGUUUUAAUUAUAUUAAUUAUGUAUUUAUAUUUUGAAAAGAGGACACACAGGUAUUUUUGAAUCCUAACUCCGCCACUGGUUUUAGGUUAGGAUAUUUCGUACAAAUCCAAAGUUAAAAGUGUAUCAUGAACGCACAACACUAAUUAAUCCAUCGUUAGUUGGUUAACUAUGUACUCUUACCAUCUUCUGUGUUGCUUAUCACUAGUUUGGUUAAUAAUUUUUGGAUCCAAAAAUAUUAUUGUAGCUACGAGCCAAGAAUAUAAUUGACCUUUUCCUAACUAGUCAUCUUUAAUAAAUCAUGAGAUACUCCCUUUUAAAAAUAGAUGUUACAAUAAAUUCAUUUCUAAUUAGUAAAUUUAUUAGAUACGUACAAAACGUUAUACUAUACAUUUAAAUGUAUAACAAGAGACCAUGAUGACCAAAACUUGAAAUGAAAUCUGUAUCAUUAGUCUAAAAUACAUAAUUAACAUGUAGUUUAGUACGUAAGCUAGAUAUUAGAACGCAUGCAGGCCCAGCAACGUUUAAAAAAGUGAAGUGGCGGAGGGUUGUGUUUGUCUUUGCCGUACGUAUUUCACAAAAUCCAAUUACCAAAUUUGAAAACUGUAUCAGGAUUAAUUAAGCUAUAUAUAUUUGUGUACGUGGACGGAAACAGAAAGCUAAUUACGUUGUCGUUGUUAGUUAAUUCAUUGGAUAAGAGAUAAUAUUACAACUCAAACCCGAUUCUUCUUCAAACAAAAUUUCAACACCAAUUGUUCCCAGCAUAGAGUUUAUUAACUAAUUAAUUAGCCCAGUAGCUUAACCUUAAUUGAGUUUCAAAUAUUUAUUAUGGGAGACAUAUUUAAUAUUUUGUCCUGUUUCAAGCAAGAUAGAUUAGAUAGCUCAUGAAUCAAUAGCCUGAAAAGGGUGACAAAUGGACUCUACACAAUUAUUUUGAGAAUCUUAAAUCAAUUCCCUAUUUAUCACAAUCACAUAUUUGGUAUUGCCACAGCUUCCUAAAGAAUGACAAAUUGGCUGCAUAUAUCUUUGGAGAUCAAACAAAAAUCGGAAACACAAACACAUGAGAAACAAAUAGUACCAUGUGUUGUCGAUAGUGAUGCCGCUACGACUACAAUUUUUUAAUUUUCGAUUUAAUAUGAUGACAUGUAUAUUCAUAUUCUGAGAAAACGUUAAAAAGUGGUAGAACGCAAACGAUUACACCGAUUUCUCAAAAUUUUACAUUUAAAAUCAUCGAAAGCUGUUAUAAUUACUUAUUAUUUUCAGCUCUUAUAUACUAAAUCCAAAGUCGCCAUGGUUUGUCGAAAUAAAGUUAUAAGAAAAUGGAGGAAGUAUAUGUCCAUUGGGCCAAAAUGCAUAUAUAAUAUACGUCAAUGAACUCAAACAAGAAGUAGUCUGCUAUAGUUUGCUGUCUGCAUGCAGAAUUACGAGCAUUAAUUAAUUACAAUUAGAGUGGGGGGGACAUCGUAUGUAUCGCCGGAUCAAACCUAAUCCUAAUUAGCAUGAUGGACGUAACAAAAGUUAAAUUAUAGUAUCGUGUCCAACUUUAGUUAAUUCAGAAUCUAAAUACCGAAAAAUUUAAGAAACCCAAAAUUGAUCACAUGUCGUGCAGGCCCCAUUUCAUAAUUGAAUAUUACCAGUUGGCAGUGUUUUUAUUUGCCUGUUGUUUCUUCUUUGGUAGGACCUGAGAAGCUGCAAAUUGAACAAACACGGGCAACUAAUUAAUAUGGCUCUGGCUCUAAACAAAAUUUAAUUAUCGGCAUUGUUAAUUAACCAUACUAUAAUCACAACAAGAUGAUCAUCAAGGUUUAGAUAAUGACUUUCGAUGAGUUCUACAUCCCCAUCAAUGGUCGGCAGAAGAGGGAGGUCAACACUCCACGACAGGUCCAACCUUUUUCAACUUAUUCGUUUCUUUAUAAAGACUUGAUAACUUAUAAUUUAUGCAUGUUUUCUUGUCUUUGUAUAUUUUAGCACAUUUGUCAUGUCGUCAUUUUGGACCAAGUUUGUUGGCUUCCCAGUUUUAAGCUUGUCUUCAAUUGUUUUUUUUAUGUGGGUUUGUCUUAGAUCCUUUUUUUCUUCCUUUGUUGAAGUUUUAGAUCUCGUUUGCUAUUGAAGUUUCUAGAUCUUAACACAUCACUUGGACAAAAGGAUCUUAAAAAAAAAAAAAACUCAAUAGUAAUUACAGACUAAACACGAGUCGUGUUCUUGGCUGAUGUCUUUUUACUAGAGCCACAUAUAUUAUGAAGGAAUUCGGUACGAGAGAAUAAUGUCAUAUUCUUUUAGAGCAAGAAUAGGGCGAACACACUAGUUUUGCAUUGGAGAGGAAUAGUUAAGAAAAUUCUUAGAUAUUUAUCGAUCUCGAAGUUCAAGAGUUAGAAGAUUUGAUGACGUUUUCCGAAAGUCAUAUCAACUUGCUCUCUUCCUUGUUUGUUUUCAUAUUCUUCAUAAACUAAUGCUACCUUGUAUUUAAAUAGAUAAAUCCAGCCAAUACAUUUCAUUCGAAGUCCAAAUCUAAGGGAUCGUUUGGAAGUUGAGAUUCUUCAAAUAUGUGUAUUUGGUGAAUACAUGUAUUGUAAAUAGAAAGAUUGUAAGAAUUAGAUGAUUGGAAGAAUGUCUUGUUUGUUUGUAGCCAUUCAAAAUUUUUAAAGAAAAGAAAAAAUCACUUUAUGAGCUAAAAGUGUAACAUAUUAAAGUCCACAAUCUCAAAGGAAGAAUCUCACUUUUUUGUUGAGAUUUAGGGUAAAUACAAUUUAAUAGCAAACCUUUCGUUUUAAACAAAAUAAUAGCCAAAACUUUUCGAAAACAAUUUAAUAGCCAAACCGUCAACUUUCCGUCCAGUUGACUGUUAGUUGACUAUGACGUGGCAAAAUUUUAAGUGAGUUGGAAGAUUUUUGCUGAUGUGGCAGGAAGUCAAACGUUUGGCCAUGUCACAUAAAUAUUACAUAAUUUUAUAAAAUAAAUUUUGUUAUCAUACAAAUAAAUUAAAUUUAGAUAAAUAAUACUAAAAGUAAAUGAAAUUGUGAAAUUUCUCAAUCACUUCAGAACACCUAUCCUUCUUCUCCGCAUCUCAACCCCUUUCCGUCGAUCAAGCCCUUUUCCCAGUCGUCCUGCGCCGAUGUCGAGUAACUUCACAACCAGUUCGACCAUUUCCCCAUUUGUCGAUUCACCAAUCGUCCGUCAAAACACCACAAAGCCUAGCCCUGUUCUUUCUGCUCUGGUCGAUUCCUCUUCUCGGCAAAGACCAAACGCCCUUCCCUCCACGAAUCCUCUCGGAUUGCCGCUCAACUGGCAAGAGCCGUCCCCAUCAAUCGAAUCCGACAAUUGGUUCAGCAUCCUUCCCCGAUCUGGCCCUCUCUAGUCUCGACCCGCCACAACGCGACCUUGAUUCUGGCAACACUUAUUCUUCUUUCUCUGACUCGUAAGUCGUAUCCACGACGGCAACAUAUUCAACUACAAGAAAAAAAAAUUCUCUUCCCCGUCCCAUUCAGGCGACCGCCGCCGCCGCGUACUACUGCCGUCAUAAGAGAUUAAUAAGAUUCAGAUCUCUGUCUUGGUAGAUGUUGUAAAGUGGAGAAUCAGAUUCCCAUUUUUGUCCCGUAAGAGAUUGAGUCUCAGAAAUGAAGAUGUGGUGGUAAUUUCAGAUGAUGCGUCCCAGGAUCAAAUCCCUAAUUUUGGGUUGCCGGGGCGGCCAUAGAACUCCAUUUUAAAACUUGGUGUGGUGUCUUUUAUCCAAGUUCCUGAAGCUUCCUCUGUAGUCGAUCCUGAGGAACGAAUCCCCAUUUGGGAGAGGCAAAAAAUUUGGACUUUAGAAAGUGGAGUGACUUGCUUGGCUAACGAACGAUGAAGAGUCCCCUUACCGCCGAAGAGGGAUUUGUAUAUAGAGAGAGGAAGUUGAAUGGACUAAUUAGAAUAGAGAGAGAGUUGAAUGGAUAAGCUUCAUCUUUAUUUUUUAUUUUGUUUUUCUAUUUUUAAACAUAAAAAUUAAAUUGUAAAAAGAAUAGUAAUCCAUGUCACAUGGUCAAAUAUUUGACAUUCUGCCACAUCAGCAAAAAAUUAUCCAGCUCACUUAAAAUUUUGCCACGUCAUAGUCAACUAACGGUCAACUGGACGGAAAGUUGACGGUUUGGCUAUUAAAUUGUUUUCGAAAAGGUUUGGUUAUUAUUUUGUUUAUAACGAAAAGGUUUGGCUAUUAAAUUGUAUUUACCCUAAAAGAAAUUAAAUAAAUAAUAGUAAUAAUAAAAAAAAAAGGAGAAAGCACUUAUCGGCGUAACCGCCACUGUCCGGAAUUGUAACCGCCAAUGCCAAUGGCCACUUCGUCGUCUUAUCGAGCCCUCCUCCUAGCGCCGUCGUCCUCAUCCUGUCCUCGUUCGUGGUCGGCGUCUGAUCUCCCUUUGUUGGUCGCCAGAGCAAAGGACGGGAGAGGAGUCGCCGCCGCCAUCAUCGGCCCUCUUCUCUCUUAUUCGAUGCUUGGAAAAGCAUUACCCGGUGUCGCCAAUAUCCUGGGUAGAAGAUUCGUCGUCGUUGGACUUGAGAGGAACGACGGAGACGACGACUUUAGCGAUGGGGCGUGGAGGAAAACGUGAAAGAAGGUUGUUACAAAUGGUGUUGCUAAUGUGAAAAAUCCAAAGCAAACUAAUCAAAAGGGCUUUUAAAAGCCCAAUAUGACAAACCGAGAGGAGCCCAUGGCCAGCAAACGCAAGAAAAUACAACGAUUUAUUUUGA